ACAAAGAAGCUGAAGAUGGGUGGCAGAGAGAGGUAUAACAUUCCAGCCCCUCAGUCGAGAAACGUUAGUAAGAACCAGCAACAGCUUAACAGACAGAAGACCAAGGAUCAGAAUUCCCAAAUGAAGGUUGUUCACAAGAAAAAAGAAAGAGGACACACUUACACCUCCUCAGCAGCUGCACGGCAGGCCAUGCAAAAUGGGGGGAAGAACAAAAAUUUUCCAAAUAAUCAAAACUGGAACUCUAGCUUAUCAAGUCCCACUUUACUUUUUAAGUCUCAAACUAAUCAGAACUACGCUGGAGCCAAGUUUAGUGAGCCACCAUCACCAAGUGUUCUUCCUAAACCACCAAGCCACUGGGUUCCAGUUUCCUUUAAUCCUUCUGAUAAGGAAAUAAUGACAUUUCAACUUAAAACCUUACUUAAAGUACAGGUAUAAAAUAAGAUAAAAUACUAAUGUUUAAAUUUAGUUCUAUUUAAGGGUAGUUGUCAGUUGUUUCAGACCAAAUUCACUAGGGAAUUAAUCUGUAAAAUUGCUAAUUAAUGUAGAAAACAUUAGAUUUCAUCUUAACUGUUUUACGUAUAGUGUGCACUGUGAUGUAAUGGUAGUAUCAGUGCAACUUGAAAUAACUAAAUUAUUGAGAAUUGUACUGGAUAUUGUGUUCUCAAUUGAGUAACUCUUAAAUGAAACCUGUCAAAUUUAGAUUUGGGGAAUGGUAAUCAACUAUUCCUAUGGUCUGCUGGGCACAAAUACUAAUUUAAGAUUAUCAUUCAUGGAUCAGUAGUUUUACUUGUUGGAAGCUAGUGAAUCUGAUUAUAAGCAUCCAGUUAAGACCUACAGGGAUUGGAGUAGUUGAAUAUUUAACAGUUUAAAGUCCUAGAAACACCCAAACCAGGAAUAUGACAACAACCCAAUGCACUGCCAAAAAGAAAAUAUGAGUUUUUCUUAGAGAAUAGUUGCAUUUUUGUAAAACUAUGCUGGUGAAAUGUGGAAAAGGGCACUAGGGGCUAUCUAAUUUAGAUGAGACCAUAUAUCCCAAUGGCCGUUUGUUUCAUGCAGUGGGUGUCUGCCAACUAAUGCACCAAAACCAUUUCUUACAGAAACAGUAUUUGGUGGUCAUUGAGUAGCUUUCAAAAUACGUUUUUGUAUUACAGCACUGCAUAAGCUAUUCUGACAGUGAUCUGGUCUCAAAUCAUUCCCUGCAAAGCUUACUUGAAGUGGGGAGCUGUAUAAUGUGAAAGUUUUAAGUACCUUAGGAAAGAGCCAUGUAAAUAUAUGUAAUAAACUUGUAGCAUAUGUAAAGUUUUGUUGGCAUUUAUCCUACAAAAAUAGAAUAUUUUAGUAUGAAUUUGCUGAAUGUAAGACCAUGGACUCUGUUUUUAUACUAUGGCCUGAUUUUAAAGGUCCAAAACAAAUUGUUUUUAAAAGUUUGCCCUUGUGCUAAAGUGCCAGUGUAUGUAUAAUUGAUCUGGUUGUAAACUAUAUUUCAAAGUAAAUCCUAGUGUAAUAAGUUUUAUAUAACUAAAGGUUUUAAGCUGCUAAAACACUUCCUAUUUUUAAGAGAUGUGAGAUGCAGUAUGGGACUAAUUUUUCUUUCUUAAGCCCAAAGAUUAAACUAUUAAAGGUCCCUCCAACCCUAAAGAUUCA